AUGUAUGUAUCUAAUACUACUACUACUACCAUAACUACUACUACUACUACUACAAUAACUACUACUACUACUACUAAUACUACUACAAUAACUACUACUAUUACUACUACUACAAUAACUAAUACUACUACUACUACUACCAUAACUACUACUAAUACAAUAACUACUACUACUACUACUACUACUACUACUACUACUACUACUACUACUACUACUACUACUACUACUACUACUACUACUACUACUACUACUACUACUACUACUACUACUACUACUACUACUACUACUACUACUACUACUACUACUACUACUACAAUAACUACUACUACUACUACCAUAAAUACUACUACUACUACUACCAUAACUACUACUACUACUACUACUACCAUAACUACUACUACUACAAUAACUACUACUACUACUACUACUACUACUACUACUACUACUACUACUACUACAAUAACUACUACUACUACUACUACCAUAACUACUACUACUACUACUACCAUAACUACUACUACUACUACUACCAUAACUACUACUACUACUACUACCAUAACUACUACUACUACUACUACUACUACUACUACUACUACUACUACUACUACUACUACUACUACUACUACUACUACUACUACUACUACUACUACUACUACUACUACUACCAUAACUACUACUACUACUACUACCAUAACUACUACUACUACUACUACAAUAACUACUACUAUUACUACUACUACUACUACUACUACUACUACUACUACCAUAACUACUACUACGACUACUACCAUAACUACUACUACUACUAGUACUAAUACUACAAUAACUACUACUACUACUACUACUACUACUACUACGACUACUACCAUAACUACUACUACUACAACUACGACUACUACCAUAAAUACUACUACUACCACUUCGACUACUACCAUAAAAACUACUACGACUACUACCAUAACUACUACUACUACUACUACUAAUAAUACAAUAACUACUACCAUAACUACUACUACGACUACUAACAUAACUACUAAUACUACUACUACGACUACUACCAUAACUACUACCAAUACUACUACUACUACUACAAUAACUACUACUACUACUACUACUACUACUACUACUACUACUACUACAAUAACUACUACCAUAACUACUACUACGACUACUAACAUAACUACUAAUACUACUACUACGACUACUACCAUAACUACUACCACUACUACUACUACUACUACAAUAACUACUACUACUACUACUACUACUACUACUACUACUACUACUACAAUAACUACUACUACUACUACUACUACUACAAUAACUACUACCAUAACUACUACUACGACUACUACCAUAACUACUACUACUACUACUACGACUACUACCAUAACUACUACUACUACAAUAACUACUACUACAAUAACUACUACUACGACUACUACCAUAACUACCAAUACUACUACUACUACUACAAUAACUACUACUACUACUACUACUACUACUACCAUAACUACUACUACGACUACUACCAUAACUACUAGUACUACCACUACGACUACUACCAUAAAUACUACUACGACUACUACCAAAACUACUACUACUACUACUACUACUACUACAAUAACUACUACCAUAAAUACUACUACGACUACUACCAUAACUACUAAUAAUACUACUACUACUACGACUACUACCAUAACUACUACUACUAAUACAACUACUACUACUACUACAAUAACUACUACUACUACUACUACAAUAACUACUACUGAUACUACUACUACUACUACUAAUUCUAUUACAAUAACUACUACUAAUAUUACUACUACUACUAAUACCAUAACUACUACUACGACUACUACCAUAACUACUACUACUACUAUUAGGACUACUACCAUAACUACUUCUACGACUACUACAAUAACUACUACUACUACUACUACUACAACUACUACAAUAACUACUAAUACUACUACUACUACUACUACUACUACUACUACGAUAACUACUACUACGACUACUACCAUAACUACUACUACUACUACUACGACUACUACCAUAACUACUACUACUACUACUACUACUACUACUACUACAAUAACUACUACUACUACUACUACUACUACUACUACAAUAACUACUACUACUACUACUACUAUUACUACAAUAUCUACUACCAUAACUACUACUACGACUACUACCAUAACUACUACUACUACUACUACGACUACUACCAUAACUACUACUACUACAAUAACUACUACUACAAUAACUACUACUACGACUACUAUCAUAACUACCAAUACUACUACUACUACUACUACAAUAACUACUACUACUACCAUAAAUACUACUACGACUACUACCAUAACUACUACUACUACCACUACGACUACUACCAUAACUACUACUACGACUACUACCAAAAUUACUACUACUACUACUACUACAAUAACUACUACCAUAACUACUACUACGACUACUAACAUAACUAAUAAUAAUACUAGUACGACUACUACCAUAACUACUACUACUACUUCUACUACUACUACAAAAACUACUACUAUUACUACUACUACUACUACUACUACUACUACUACAAUAACUAAUACUACUACUACUAUUACUACAAUAACUACUACUACGACUACUACCAUAACUACUACUACUAUUACUACGACUAUUACCAUAACUGCUACUACGACUACUACCAUAACUACUACUACUACUACGACUACUACCAUAAUUACUACUACUACUACUAUUACUACUACUACUAUUACUACUACAAUAACUACUACUACUACUACUACUACUACUACUACAUAA